AUGGCUGGAAAUCAGCGAGUAUGCCUUAUUGGUGCUGGACCAAGUGGGAUGUCCUUCCUCUACCAAAACAAUAAGUUAAAAGCGGCCGGGAAAAAAUGUGCAGAUGUCGUCUGCUAUGAGAAACAGUCCAACUGGGGAGGUCUGUGGAACUUUACCUGGAGGACAGGUGUGGACGAGCAUGGUGAACUUUGUCACGGAGGGAUGUAUCGUGAUCUUUGGUCUAAUGGUCCCAAGGAAUGCCUCGAGUUCCCGGAUUAUACAUUUCAUGAUCAUUUUGGGAAGUCCAUCCCCUCCUUCCCUCCACGGACUGUACUUUUCGACUAUUUACAAGGUCGUUGGAACAAGGCAAAGAUCCGUGACUGUAUUCGCUUCAAUACAAUAGUGAAGCACGUGACCUACAACAAAACCACAGACGACUUCACCGUCACGGUCAAGGAUUUGACCAAUGACCAAGAUCUACCCCCAGAGAGGUUCUCUCACGUCAUUGUGGCUACAGGUCACUUCUCCGUCCCAAACUUUCCAGACUUCGAAGGAAUUGAUACGUUUCGAGGGAGAGUUCUCCACUCACAUGACUUCCGACGAGGCUCAGACUUCAAAGGUCAACGGGUAUUGUUAGUCGGAUCGAGUUACUCAGCGGAGGACAUCGCAAUGCAGUGUAGAAAGAUGGGUUCUGGAAAGGUGAUCACCUGUUAUCGUACAAAACCCAUGGGUUUCCGCUGGCCGGAAGGAAUCGAGGAGCGUCCAUUAUUGACAAAAGUAGACGGGAAUACAAUCUAUUUCAAAGAUGGGACGACAGCCGAAGUAGACGUCAUCAUUUUUUGUACCGGAUAUAUCUACCACUUUCCGUACUUGCCGGAGUCCCUUCGCCUGAAGACGAAUACAUCGUUGUAUCCGGCUGGGCUGUACAAGGGAACGAUAUGGAUGGAGGGCGGUAAUAACAAGUUCUUAUACCUUAGCAUGCAGGAUCAAUACUACUCUUUCACCAUGUUUGAUAUCCAGGCCGAAUGGGCCUGUGCGGUCGUUUGUGGACACCUGAAGCUUCCGAACAGGAAAGAGAUGGAGUCCGAUAUCGCAAAAUGGUUGAAGAAGCUGGAUUUGCUGAAUGGUUGUUUUGAUGAUAUCGCCUUCCAGACGGAGUUUGUAUUAGACCUAGCCAAGGAAGUAGGCUGCAAAUACAACUUAGAUGUCGCAGCUUUGUACAACAGGUGGGAAAAUGACAAGCGCGCGAAUAUAGUGACCUAUCGGGAUCAGGUGUAUACCUCGGCUCACAGCGGGAAACAAGGGAUCGUACAUCACACUCCCUGGUUCAAGGCAUACGACGACUCCCUGGACACAUUCGUAAAUCAAACUCAAAACAAGUAGGAAGAAGGGAAUCUGGUGUACCAAAACCAUGAACUGUCGAUAUCGUUAUUUUAGUAACUAUUUUAGACAUCAUAUAGCCAAACAGCUGGCUUGAUAUGCGUGUCUUAAAAACGUAUUCAACUUGUUUGAAGAAUGGGAUAUCGGCUUGGUUGCUGAAAUGUUUUCGUAAAUAUUUAUCUUCUUACUAUUUUAUUGGGAUAUAUAUAUAUAUUAGAAACGUAUAUACCACUCUGAUGUUCGACGUUUUGUACUUUGCAAAAUAUGUGCCCGCAUCCUACUAAUAUACAUUUUAGUUGGAUUCCGGUUCCGGUUCCGGUUCUGUAAUGAGUUAGUAAAGCAGACUUACACGAGGAGGUCACAAUGCCAGGUCGUGAUAACAUCUCUAAUUAAAUGUUGCGAAGCUCAAUGUGUAAGUGACAGUGAAGACAAACAGCGUAUGAGCGCAAAUAAUGCAAACCGACCGGAGAAGAAUGUCUCCAAGAUGGCAUCCGGGUCAAAGGGGAGUGUCACAAACCAAGACCUAAAAGACUUGAAAAAGACUAAGUAUAACCAGGAAAUUGUCUAGUCGCGUUGAAGUGGCUGUAGGUACCUUUGGAAAGAGAAUUGAGUGUUUGGAAGACCAUUUUGAAAAUUGAUGAUAAGCUCUCUGAAAUAACCCGUUCCUUUUGCAAAGAAAAUAUAGCAUCAGUAUUCUACUUGUUCCAGGAAUGCAAUUUUUGUUACAAACUUUUGUCAAGGCUUUAUGACAUGGGUAGAAAACACAAGAAAUCCUCUUAGCUUAAAUAAUACAGAUAUUAGUCCUGGGAAACUAGAUAAUGAAACAAUAAGUGUUAAUCUAAUUUUCAUUUUAACCAAGCUACAUAUAUUAAAACAAAGAACCAAAAAUAAUUUGUCAUCUUUAUUUAGAUUUAAAAGGAAACUAGAGAAAUAUUACAAAAUUAAAGCAUGCAUUCAUAAAAAUAUGACUGCCAAAAUUCAACGAUGGUUUGAUUCGAGACCAGUAAUAACACAAUUGACCGAAACAAAUAACCUGGUUUGUACACUUACAGCACUACUAUUAAGUAUGAGUGAGUGUAUGAAUGAGGCUUUUUGGUAUGCUGUAUUUGUUUAUCUACAUUUCCAGAAGUUCGUUCGAAAUUAUUUACAGGAAGCAAUGUCUACAUGUAUUGAUAAGUGAAUCUUAAGCGUAAAAAAUGUGGAAAUGGAAUACGUAACAAUGUUAUUUAUUGCUAUGUAUGCAAGAAUGUUAAAAAAUUAAAUUAAUUUAUUCAGUAACGAACAAAUCAUAUUACUUUAAAAUGUGAGUCAUGAGCUACACGUCAAUAUUUUAAAUAUGCUGUUGUAAAUAAAGUAAUCAGAUUUGCCAA